CCCCCCCCGCACACCCCCUUCCCCUUCGCACGCCCGUCCCGGCACAGGUGCUCUCGAGCCGGGGCGAGGGGAUGAGGUGCCCCCCUGCCGCGUGGUGUGCCGAAGCGGCUCUUUAGAUCCUCCCCGGCCCAAGCCUCCCCUGCCAUGGAUGCCUCGGGGGCUCUUGCUUCGGCUCCCUCCUCCGCGGCUCCCUCGGGCUCCCGCAGCCCCAUGUUCCCCCCAGGAGCUGACAGAGAGGAGUGGGGACCGAGGUUCAAUUGUGCCCCUUCCACCUCUGCCGCAGCCUCGCAGGCGAUGCCAGCGUCUGGCCGGAAGAGGAAGGCCAACUUCUCCAAUGACGAGACUGAGACGCUGGUCUGGAAUGUGGUCCGGCAUUUCAGCGCCCUGUAUGGGUCUGAAGCCCUGCGGGCUCACCCCGUGCGGCGGAAGCAGCUCUGGACCCAAAUCCAAAGCCGCGUCAACUUCCUGGGCUACACCGAACGCUCCAUCGACGACCUCAAGCACAAGUGGCGCGACCUGCGGCUGGACGUCAAGAAGAAGAUCACCUCCAAGAAGCACCUGCCCAUGAACCGCGCCGGCGGGCCGCUCCACAAGCCGCGCCUCACGCCCCUGGAGAAGAUGGUGGCUUCCACCUUCCUGCAGGCCAGCCACGACUCGGAGCCCGAAAUCAUCUUGGACCCAGAUCUGUUCUUCCCCGGCGCGACCAAACAGUCCUUCAUGCACCUGCAGCCCGGCGUCAGCCACCCCAGCAUCUACAUCGAUACCAACGGGCAGCCCUCGUCCCUGCCGGACGUGGAGGGCUCCGCCGUGCCCCGGCUGGCGGUGCAGAGCCCCGACCCCUCCGUCAUCUGCGAGUACAGCCGCGGGGAAGGACAGAGCAGCUCGGCCGAGUCGGGACCGGAGCUGCGGACUCCAGACGUGUCAGCCAUUUCCCCGUCCUUGCGAAACGAGUCCCUCGUCUCCUACGCCUCCCUGUCGGAGGAAGAGGAACGGGAAGGCCGGGAGGUGGAGAGGGGCCACGGCGGGGCCGUGGGGAUGCAGCCCGGGCCCGAGGCCCCCAUGUCUGCGGAGGAAGACAUGAAACUGUCCCGCCAGGCCAUGCUGAUCCGCAGGUGCAGCUCCCAGGGCUCCGUCACCUCCCUGCCUGAGGACCCUCUCAACCCCGUGGACGCUCACUCGGACUGGGGCCACGAGGGGGUGUCCGACCUGCCCCCCUGGGCCGCGGCCUCGACUCCUCGCACCCCGAGGAGCACGCGGGGGGCCCGGGCCCGGAGAUGGGCGCUUUGCCCAGGGUACUGAUGGGGCCUACCUGGGAGAAGCCGACGGCGGAGGAGGAGCC